AUGAUCAAAGACAAUCAUCAAAUAAUACAAUGGAUAUUGUAUACUAUAAUUGAUCAAAUAAAUACAAAUUUAACACAAUAUCCAUCAUCAAUAACAUGUGAAAUAUCAUCAGAUGAUUAUUAUUUUAUACCAUGUUCGUAUUUAUUAAAUACACAAGGACAACAAAUAAUUAAUUUCUCAAUAACAAAACAAAUUGAUAUUGUUAAACAUUUACGUAUACAUUUUUAUAAACCAAUUGAUCAUAAUACAAUUAGUUUACAACAAAUAUCUAUAUACGGUUAUUAUGCAUAUGAUCAACAAAUGAUUAUUGAACAAACAAGUCAUCCAUAUCAAACAUUAAUAUCAACAGUUUAUGGUAAACAAAUAUUACAUAAUAAAAAUUCAAAUACAUCAAUAAUAACAACAGUAAAUGAUGAUGAUAAUAUUAAAUUAAUGUAUUCAUUAAUAAAAUCUUCAACAAUAAAUAUAAAUAUAAUUGAUAAUAGUCAUCAAAUAUCAAUGAUAUUAUCAGAUAAAUAUCGUUCAUUUAAUCAUUAUUUACAAUUAAUACAUUUAUGUUUAAAAAAUUCAUUAAUAAAAAAAAAAAAUUUUGCAUAUAAUUAUACAUGGUUAUUACCAUCAAUAGCACAUCAUAAACCAUUAUUAGCUAUGAAUUAUAUUAAUAAAAAUGAAACACGUAUUGAAUAUUUUAAACAAUUAAAAAUAUGUUCAUUAAGUGUUGAAUUUCUUAAUGAAAUAUUAAAUAAUGAAUAA